AUGAAGUCUGAUGUCUAUAGCUUUGGAGUCUUGGUUCUCGAGAUUAUAAGCGGCAAGAAGACUAGCAGCUUAGACCAGACAGACGGUUCACCAUUAGAGCUACUGGAUCCGGCCAUUGGAGAGAACUAUCAUAGCAAUGAAGCAACAAGAUGCAUCCAUAUUGCACUGUUGCGUGUUCAAGAAGAUCAUGUAGAUCGUCCGACAUUGCCUUCAAUUACUUUAAUGCUCACUAGCAACACAAUAACUCUACCACUGCCUCAACAACCUGGAUUUUUCUUCCAGAGUAGACCUGAUCAAGACUUUGUAGCUGAGGGAUUAGGAUCAAGUUCUACGGCAAGAUCUAUUCAUUGUUCUGUGAAUGACGCAUCGAUUACUGAUUUAGAGCCUCGAUGA